AUGGAUUAUUCUCGUUUUGAGAAACCUCCAUAUCCUAUGAAGCUCAAACAGCAAGCACAAAAGCAACAAUAUGCCAGAAAGCAUAAGUUGCGGGAUUGUGAGAUAGUAGCACUUACUGAAGAGUGUAGUGCCAUCAUUCAGAAGAAGUUGCCACCGAAGUUUCAAGAUCUGGGAAGUUUCAACAUCCCAAUUACGAUAGGCAACACCAAUGUUGGCCGGGAAUUAUGCGACCUUGGAGCAAGCAUCAACUUGAUCCCGCUGUCGAUAUGCAAAGCAUUGGGAAUUUCUGAACUGAAGCCAACCAUGGUCUCCUUACAACUAGCUGACCGUUCAACAAGGAGACCCAGUGGAAUAAUAGGGGAUGUCCUUGUCAAAGUUGACAAAUUCAUCUUCCUUGCUGAUUUCAUUGUGUUGGAUAUGGAAGCAGAGAGUGAAAUACCUCUUCUGCUUGGAAGGCCAUUCUUGGCCACAGCUCGCGCUUUGAUCGAUGUUGAACAAGGAAAGCUUGAGCUACGAAUGAACGAUGAGAAAAUCACAAUCAAUGUGUUGAAAGCUAUGACGAACUCAUCUGACCUCAGUGACUGCUUCAGACUUGAUGUGAUUGAAGAAGUAGUCCAAGAAAUGCUCCACAAGAAGGGCGAGAAUUUUGAGGUGUUAGAAAAGAAAGAAUAUGAUCCAGUUCCAUUGGCACCAAAGGUAGAACUAAAAGAGUUGCCAAAAACUCUAAAGUAUGCCUUCUUGGGAGAUGAAGAGCAGUUUCCAGUCAUCAUCAGUAAAGAUUUGUCUUCAACAGAAGAAAAGAAGCUGUUGAAAGUGCUCAAAGAGCACAAGACGGCCAUCGGGUGGUCUAUUUCUGACUUCAAGGGAAUCAACCCUUCCUUCUGUACUCACAAGAUUCUGAUGGAGGACAAUGUUAAACCAGUGAGACAGCCCCAGAGGAGACUAAACCCAACAAUGAAGGAAGUAGUCUGCAAGGAAGUGAUGAAGCUCAUGGAUGCUGGAAUGAUUUACCCAAUUUCUGACACUGCAUGGGUAAGUCCAGUACAGACAGUUCCGAAGCAAGGAGGAUUGACUGUCGUGAAAAAUGAUCAGAAUGAGUUGAUUCCAACCCGCACCAUUACUGGCUGGAGGAUGUUCGUGGACUACAGAAGAUUAAAUGAUGCCACCAUAAAGGAUCAUUUUCCUCUGCCAUCUAUUGAUCAAAUGCUGGAAAGAUUAGCCGGUCAUGCUUAUUAUUGUUUCUUGGAUGGCUAUUCCGGCUACAACCAAAUCCCAGUUGCACCAGAGGAUCAGGAGAAAAUAGCUUUCACCUACCCAUUUGGAGUCUUUGCCUACAGAAGGAUGCCAUUCGUCCUCUGCAAUGCACUCGCGACUUUUCAAAG